GUUUUCCCUCUUUCUCUCUUUUUCUAAUCUCAAAUAGAUACAACUGACGAUGGUUGCUGCUAAAGCGAUUGCGAUUGCAAAAGAGAUAGACACUUCUCGGUGCAAAGGUAACUGGGAAGCUAUUCCUGAGUUAGCUAGACGAUACAGGAAGCAUAACCCAAAUGGCACUGGUAAAUAAACUCGUCUAACGUAUGUUACUGACACGAACAAAAGUACUCGAGCAAAGUAUCUUAGCUGAAGCCAAUUUAAACCAACUAGUACAAACACACCGAAAAGACUCGAGAAAAAUAUUUGCAAACGACUCGCCCAACUCUAUUACCUUAUCCACUCGAAUUGAUACUGGAUUAUUCAAGCCAGUUCAGCAGCAGUUGGCAGUAGCACUGGGAGAUAAAGACUCUAGCUCAGAAACUCAGCAAUUUAAACAAAUGACUCGAGUAAUUCUCGCUCGCUCUUAUUUUGAAAGUGGAGAAUAUCAAAAGACUUUUGAUACAAUUGAAGAUGCUGAUUAUAGAGCAUUGGAGACUCCAGGCUAUAGCUUCGCAUUGUACAUACAAGCUCUUGCUAUAAGAGCCAUGUCCCUGGAUUUAAUGGAGAGAAAAGAAGAAUCUUUAGAAGCCUAUAAUCAAGUAGCAUCCUUAGUAAGCCAAUGUGAAAAUAUAACGGAUCGCAGUAUCGUGGAUUGGGCAGAAGAAAGUCUAUAUAGAGGAACUCUAGUUGCAUUAAGUUAUCAGUCAGAAGAUGUACCAAAGACAAUGGGACUUGUACGAGCAUACCAAAAAGCAACCUCUUCUCAACCAGCUGCUUGGCGUGUCUAUAAGCGAUUGACCAUCACAAUUCACUCCUUGAACUACCUUUCUGAAAAAUAUCGUGCAGAACAGUAUCGACCACCCAUAGAUUUUGCUCAGACUGAAGAAGGAAAACAAAUCAAUGAAAAAGACUUUGAUGAUGCAAACAGAAUGCACAUUCAUCAACUGUUCAGUAUUGAAGUCAUUCAGCUUCAUACAGUCUAUGAGAAGCUUGUUUAUACUAUAGUUCAAUUUCCUCGCUCAGGAGAAAGCAGUUCACUUGUAGUUCGAUUUGUGAAUAAGUUAGCUGAAGAUUUCGCCUUGGUAGGUGGUUCAGAAACAGAAAAGAGAGGCUAUUUGGAAGCAUUGAAUCGUGCAUCUCUCAAGACAUUCAAUUCUCCCUGCAUAACAAGGCAUCUGUUUCAUGCUUUGAUUUCAUUGGGUGAUUAUGAAGAAGCAGAGCAUGCUCUUCGUACCUAUCUCUAUUUAAUUGGGCUAGAAUCAAAGGCACUUUUAGAAGAAAGAUCAAGUACAGCAGCAUUAGCAUCUGAUUCAUUUGGCUACAGUACACCUGUUCCAACGGCUAAUCGAGAAGAAGAGUUCAAAUUGGUUGAACAUGCCCUAAAAGCAGAUGGCCCUGAGAGAAGUAAGGAGGUGGAAACAGUAAAGGAUCAAAUAUCAGUCAUUGCUGCUGCUGUAAAAAUGUAUUGUCAAGAAUUAUCAAAAGGCGCAGAAGCAGUCUAUGUGGCUGAACUAGCAGAGCUUGUUUAUAAGCAUGUAUUUGAUGAUAGCCAGAAGAUAUUAGGAGCUCAGGUAUAUCGUAUCUUGGGUAUUGCCUUGGGAUUUUUAGCAACUCAGACCUUUGAUCAAGAUAGUCGACCAAAAUACCACAAGCGAGCCUUGAACGCACUUAAACAAUCACUUGAACUAGACCCUCUCUGUUGGGAAACGUAUUACCAGAUUGCACUCCAGCUUGCAGAAAUGCGCGAUAUCAUUCAGGCUAUACAAAUGAUUACGCAGUCUAUUCAAUACAAUCCUCAGCAUUUACCAUCCUGGCAUUUGCUUGCGUUAUUGUGUACUUGUCCUAUCAAAAACAGUCAAGCACAAGCACUCAAGACAUGCGAAAUGGGCCUUUUACAGGCUUCAGAACUACCUGAAGAUGGCUGGGUAGACUAUGGUGAUGACAUUGAGCAACAGAUAAAGCUUCAAAUGACACAAACUCUAUUAAUAGAACGUAUUCAUGGUGCAGAAGCUGCGUUGACAUCUCAAGAGGGCUUAUUUCAAACGUUUGGUAAGAUUGUGGUACCGGAGCUCAUUCCGGACUCCAGCAACAUGCUCCAUGAAGCCAUCUCAAAUGGAAACACACGCUAUGGAAUGGUGUUGUCUGGUUCGCUGGGUAAUAUGAGUGAGCAAGGGAGUGAGCAAAAGACGACACGUGGGCGCAGUGCCAGCAGUGCCAGUAGGACAUCAACCAUUAUGACCAAAAAUGGUCGUACGCGAUCGGUCUCUUCAUUCACUGGUCGAAAACUUCAUUUGGCUGAACUGUUUAAUGACAAGUCAGACGUCGGCAGUAUUCGGUCAGUACCCAUGCCGGGUAUCAAACAUACCAGCCGACUCAGCCUUUUGGAUCCUAAAAACCUGAUUCGUAAGCAAAAGAAAGACGAGGAUCCAUUGACUGGUGAUACACGCGGGACAAUCACGAAUAAUGAUUCUAUAAGCUCUAUUCAUAGCAUAACGCCUUCUGUCCUGAGCGCCAAUACGUUGUUACAAAACACAACUACUCUGACUCGUCCUACUACCUGUGCAAGGCUACAACAUCAACGCUCAUGUCAUUUGUUAUGUGAUUUAUGGUUAUUGUCAGCCGAAGCAUUUCUCAAGACAGGCAAGAUUGAUGAGGCUUUAAAAGCAGUGUCAGAAGCUGAAAACGUCGACUGGACAACACAUGCGGGUGUGUGGUGCUUGUUGGGACGCAUUUAUCUCGCACAAAAUCAAUCUGACAGAGCCACUAAGGCCUUUCAAAAAGGUUUGGUGACGAAGCCAAACGAUGUCAAUUGCCGCGUAUGGCUAGCCAAGACCUUCAUGGAUCGAGGCGAUAUAGAGGUUGCCGAAGGCCUUCUAGAAGCUGUGACUAAAGAAAAUGGCUGGAAUUGUCCAGCUGCAUGGUUUUAUCUUGGUGAGGUUUACAAAAACACAGACAGAGUUUACAAGGCAAAAGACUGCCUGUUUUAUGCGCUUGAACUCGAGAGUACAACACCCAUUCAACCUUUUGAUAUUUUGCCUAAAUUUGUUUAAAUGAAACCUUAGACAUUAAAUUAUACGCGAUUGUACAUUUAGAAUAUUUGCACAUGGAACUAUUAUAAAUUUGGUUUUUUUUUUAAUAUUUUUGUACGACAGCCAUAUCGCACUAAAAAAACAAAAGUAAAAAAAAAGUCGAUAAUAAACAAAGAUGUAUCAAAAAAAGAAAGA